UCUCUUCAUUCUUCCCUUUCUCCCUUCUUCCUCCCCUCCCCUCAUCUCCACCUCCUCUUUCUCCUCUUUCUCUCCACAAACUUCACCUCCACAUCACGUCCCUCCGUCUCUCCGUCCUCCUCCCUCCACUACAACCUUCAAACCAAACCAACCCCAUGCAUAAACGCCUCAAUACGCCCAUACCCGCACCCAUACCCAUCCCCCAUCCACAUCCGCCACUUGCCCCAGAAUACAACACAAGCUACUACUACUACUACACGCCAAUCCCGCCCGUUGAUAAUAGUACGGGUAGUACUACCGUAUCCUCGCUCUUAUUCCAUCUACCCUCGCCCCUCGCGAACCACUGAUCCACCUUCAUCCACUCUGUCCACCUCCACACCCCCCCUACGCCCCCAAUCCACCUCUCCACAACAUCACCCUAACUCGCCGUAAACUGCUCUAGGUAAGGUAAGACACCCUGCAGACGUGCCAUCCCAGAUAACACCCCUGCUUCCACACCCCCAAGCUUAUCUCCUCCUUCCCGCCUUCACUUUUCUAUAUCAUCCCUACCUCCCCCUUACCACCGACGCCCUUCUCUCUCCAAACCGACCUGAGUCGCCAACUCCACCCCCACCAACCUUGGAUCGACAAUUCUCCUUCCAAAGCCAUGGCCGACUCAAAGGAAACCUACGAAGCUGCCACCGACGCGAAGGUCGCCGACGCCACACCCACCUACGAAGAGCACGCUGUCGUCGACAAUGACGGCCUUGGCGCGCUGCCCGGGGAUCGCCCAGCAGGAUGGAUGUACCGCGAGCGCAAGAUUGGCCCGGUCGUCGUGACGUGGUACGCGUCGCCGAUGUUCCAGCUCUUGAUGGUCUCGUUCGUCUGCUUCACGUGCCCUGGUAUGUUCAACGCAUUGACGGGUCUGGGAGGUGGUGGACGCGACGAUCAUGAAUUGGCUUCGAAUAUGAACGUUGCUCUCUACAGUACCUUCGCCGUCGUGGGUUUCUUCGCCGGCUCCUUCGUCAACCGUCUCGGCAUCAAGGCCACCCUCUCCUUCGGCGGCAUCGGCUACUGCAUCUACGCCGUCGCGCUCCUCGCCUCUCUCCACGCCGGACCCAAGAUCAACGGGUUCUGCUACUUCGCGGGCGCGCUCCUCGGUGUCUGCGCCGGCCUCCUCUGGACCGCCCAGGGCACAAUCAUGAUGUCGUACCCCCUCGAGUCCGAGAAGGGCCGCGCCUUCGCCUGGUUCUGGACCAUCUUCAACCUCGGCGGCGUCGUCGGGUCGCUCAUCCCCCUCGGCCUCAACGUCAACAACCCCCACGGCGUCGGCGUCCAGGACGGAACCUACAUCGCCUUCAUCGUGCUGAUGUUCUGCGGUGCCGUCCUCGCCCUCUUCCUCUGCAACGCCAACAAUGUCAUCCGCUCCGACGGCUCCAAGGUCGUGCUGAUGAAGAACCCCUCGUGGAGCUCCGAGUUCGUCGGCCUCUACAAGACCAUCAUCUCAGACCCGUACAUCCUCCUCCUCUUCCCCAUGUUCUGGUCCUCGAACUGGUUCACCACCUACCAGACCAACUCCGUCAACGGCGCCUUCUUCAACAUCCGCACACGCUCCCUCAAUUCCCUGCUCUAUUGGUUCUCCCAGAUGAUCGGCGCUAUCGUCUUCGGUAACUGCCUCGACAUCGAGCGCUUCCAGCGCACGACUCGCGCGAAGGCUUCGCUUGUUGUGCUCUUCGCUCUUACUUUCGCUAUUUGGGGAGGCGGGUACAAGUGGCAGACUGGAUUCACUCGUGAGAACCUCCCGGCUACGGGUGACUGGACCGAUAAGGGAUACCUCGGCCCUAUGUUCUUGUACAUGUUCUACGGCUUCUACGAUGCCGCUUGGCAAUGCUGCGUUUACUGGUACAUGGGCGCCCUCACCAACAACGGCCGCAAGAUGGCCAACUACGUCGGUUUCUACAAGGGCAUCCAAUCUGCCGGCGCCGCGGUAAUGUGGUCCCUCGACGCGCACAACAUGUCCUUCAUGGACGAGCUGAUCUCCAACUGGGUCCUCCUCGCCGGGUCGCUGCUCGUCGCUGCGCCGGUUAUCUUUAUGAGGAUUACGGAUCAUGUGACGGUGGAGGAGGACCUGAAGUUUAGCGAUGGGACGUUGGCGGAUGUGUUGCCGGAGGGGCAUGCGGAGAAGAGUGUUGGUGCUUAGAUGGGGAGGGUUGUUGUUAGGGAGUAAUUUUUUAAGAGGGGGGGAGGUGGUGGUGGUUUAAUUUGUGGGGUGGGUAUAU